AUGCUUAUAAGUACAGGAUGUCAUAUAUAUGAUCAAAUUAAUAAUAAUAAUAAUAUCUUGCAAAUAUUAAAUGAAAAUAAUACUGAUGAAUUUAUUUAUUAUAUUUUCGAACGAUUGAGACGAUUGACAGUUUUACCGGAAAAUAUUUUUUUUCCACUUCCAUCUGAAUUACCUACUAUUAAGAAUUCUUAUUAUGAUUUCUAUCUUAAUAGUACGAUUUAUAAAAUGGAUAAAGCUUGGAUUAAUUAUGUUCGUAUACCAUGGUUCUGUUUUACACCAACACGUCUUAGUGUCAAACCAUUUAAAUUUAUGCGAUCCAAUCGAGUAUUUCGAUAUAUAUCCAAUGCAAGUCAAUCAAUGGCUUUAGUAGAAUUUCGUGAUGAUACCGGAUCAGCAUAUUUAUCAAAGGAACUUGUUCCAUUUUUAAAACAUUAUCUGGAAAAUGGAUUUUGGUUUGGUAAUCGUCAUUAUAUUUAUUUACAUCACGCACAAUCUCAAAUACGACAAAAACAGUUUUACUUUUACUGCGAAAACGAAGGCAAAAUGAAACGUGAAGUACUUGAAGCAUGGAUGGGAAAUUUUGAUGAUGAACAAUUACCAGCAAAGAAUACUGCUCGACGAACCCAGCCAUUUUCUAGCACAGAAGCAACUAUUGAAAUCGAUAAACAAUUCGUUAAUGUUAUUCCUGACUUAAAGACAACCGAUGGAAAAUAUAAUUUUACGGAUGGCGUUGGACAAAUCUCACCAGAAUUAAAUCAAUUGAUUCAUGAAUCAAUUGGUAUUAACGUUGAAAAGGGUGAAUAUGUUUCUAGUGUUCUCCAAAUUCGCUAUGGAGGUUGUAAGGGUACUGUUGCUGUAAAUCCAGUGCUGCAUAGAAAAAAGAAGCAAUUAUUAAUUCGACCAAGCAUGAAUAAAUUUAAAUGUAAACAUCAAGUACUUGAAUUAUGCAAACGUUCACUUAGACGUAAUUUAUGUCUUAAUCGUGAAGUAAUCAAUUUACUUUCAUAUCGUGGCAUAUCCAAUGAACAUCUUCUCGUCUUUCAACUGCGAAAUAUCUUAUGGCUAAUUGCUUCACUUUUUUCCAAUCAAUCAACCUUGUGUGUUCUUCGUGAUAAGAUUCUUCAUGUUUUACCAUGGUUAGAAAUUUCUCGUCAUCCAAAUUUAUCAAACGAACCUUUUUUUCGUCGUCUUCUUGUUACAACAAUCACAAAUAAUCUCUAUCAAAUAGUAACAAGGGCUCAUAUUCGUGUUCCGAAAGCACGUUAUAUGUUUGGCAUUGUUGAUGAAUAUAAAGUACUUAAGGAAGGACAAGUUUUUAUUCAAAUUACUGAUGAAGAUGGAAAUAGAACUAUUUUAGAAGGACCUAUUGCUAUUACGAAAAAUCCAUGUCAUCAUCCUGGCGAUCUACGGGUUUUAGAAGCUGUUAAUAAGAAGUCUCUUUAUCAUUUAUACGAUGUUUUAGUAUUUCCUCAACAAGGUUCACGACCCCACGCAAGUGAAAUAUCUGGAUCGGAUUUGGAUGGGGACGAAUAUACUGUCAUUUGGGAUCCAAUACUCGUACCUACUUCACCUAAUCCAACUCCAUACGAAUAUGAUUCUGGACCAAGUCCAAAGCCUCUUAAUCGUGUUGUAACACGCAAUGAUCGAUUGAAAGUUAUAUUAGAUAUUUGUGAACAAGACAAUUUAGGUCGUUUGAGUAAUAUUCAUCUUGUUCUUGUCGAUAAACUUGGUAUUGAUAGUGAAGAAGCUAUUUUAUUAGCUGCUGGAUUAAGUGACGAAUUAGAUAGCGUAAAAUCAGGUCAACAUCCUUAUACGUCAGAUCAAAUUAAGAAGAUUGUUGACACAGCUGGUACAACUCGACCUGAUUUUAUGCAAACAUCUGAUUAUGAAGUGUAUCAAUCUCAGAAAAUACUCGGAAAAUUAUUUCGAAGUGCUCAUCGUUUAAAUGAUACUUUUAAAAAUGAAAUUUCUAAUGAUAAAAAUGAAAUUAUUCUUGAUCAAACUCUUCUUCACACAGGUUAUGAAGAAUAUAUUGAUUUUGCACAAAAUCUUUAUCAACGAUAUCAACAUGAAAUGCUGGAAAUUAUUGGAUCUUAUGGAUUUUCCAAUGAAAUUGAUCUUUUUUGUUGUAUGGAUUCACGUAAUAUGAGAGCCAACGAAAGAAGUGACAUCCAACAAACAGCACAACAGUUACUGAAAGCUAUUUUUCAAAAUAUUCGAAAGAGCUUUCAUUAUGAUCUUGUGUCAUAUCAUAAAGUCAAAGCCAAAGCAGCUGCUUGUUAUUAUGUAGCAUAUACUGAUAAAAGUGCCAUAGAGAAGCGUAUGCUAAGUUUUCCAUGGUUAUUUGCUGCUCCACUUCUCGUCAAUUAUUCUAUUGCUUUGGAAGAUGAAGAAACAAAUGAUUUUAUAAAAUAUGCGUUCGAUUCAAAUUCAAACUUAUACGAUUGCCUAAAGCAACAAUUGUUUUCUAUAAUAAAUCUACUUCCAAAUGACAAACAAUUUACUUUUAUGGAACUUUUGGAAAAAUCUUUUGAAAAUUCAUGUACUAAAAAUAAUGAACAAAUGAUUAAUUUUGCCGAAACACUUAUUGGAUUAUUGAUUGCAAUUGCAAAAAAAUAA